GUGGGUCUUGUUCGGUACGUCACAGCUAGCUUGAUUCCAGUGUGAAAAACACACGAUCACUUGUGAAGGACGGAAAGAAGCACGGUCGCUGCCCGGCACCCUUUCCCAUCUUUAGUGGCAUCGCUUGUGUUUCGUGUUGAUCUGAGCAGCCUUUGACCAUGUCAGGACAGAAGAAAGGAGCUGCAGCACGACUGUCGAAAUGUGCCUUCUGCAGAACCAGCCGAGACAAGGAGUGCGGACAGUUGCUGAAGUCGGACAGCCAGACAUUGGCAGCCCACCACAAGUGCAUGCUUUUCUCCUCUGCGCUGGUCACAUCUCCCGCAGACAACGACAACAUCGGAGGAUUUUCCAUCGAUGACGUGAAGAAGGAGAUCAAGAGAGGGAAUAAACUGAUGUGUUCUUCAUGUCACCGGCCGGGCGCAACGAUCGGCUGUGACGUGAAAACGUGCCGAAGGACGUAUCACUAUUACUGCGCUUUGAAGGACAAAGCUCAGAUCAAAGAGAAUCCCUCACAAGGAAUUUACAUCGUUUACUGUCGCAAACACAGAGAUGCUUCUCAAGAUGGCAUUCAAGAUGACGAUGAAGGCGUGGCCAAUGAUUCGGACUCGUCACCUCCACAAAGCAGGGGCAGAGGUCGGUUUGAGAAGGUGAGAGCCAAAGCAGGAUCUCGUGGCCAGUCAGAAGAAACUCGCUCCACCUCCUCACAGGCUGCGGACGAAGAGAGCUCUUCUCACCGGGACAGGUCACCUCUUCGGUCCAGCCCAGGAGACGGCGGCCAGCGCUGUGGCUUUUGUCAUGCCGGCGAGGAAGAGAACGUAACGAGGGGCAUGCUUCACACUGACAACUCCAAAAAAGUGGCUGCACACUACAAGUGCAUGCUGUUUUCUUCGGGCACGGUCCAGCUGACCACCACAUCGCGGGCUGAGUUUGGAAACUUCGACGUGAAAACAGUCAUCCAGGAAAUAAAGAGAGGGAAAAGAAUGAAAUGUACUCUGUGCUCUCAGUUGGGUGCUACCAUUGGCUGUGAAAUCAAAGCGUGUGUGAAGACCUACCACUAUCACUGUGGCCUGCAGGACAAAGCCAAGUACAUCGAAAACAUGGCGCGCGGCAUCUACAAACUAUACUGUAAGAACCACAGUGGCAAUGAAGAGAGAGAUGAGGAAGAUGAAGAACGAGAGAAUCGCAGUAGAGAGAGGGCAGCUAACAACCAUGGAGGAACACCAUCGACACAAGUGAACGGCAACUAGGUUCUGAUGUGACUUCGGGAGAAAACUGAAGAACUCAAAGACGAGGGAGAUAUUUUUUAUACUAACUUUUAGCCAACUCACAAAGCGUGGUUUAAAAGCUCCCACGAGUCCUUCACAUAAUUUCUUCCAGUCAAUGGACACGAUGUCCUGAUGAGCACCAGGCGUCUUCUCCAUGAAACCCUGUUCUGAGCUUUCUACAGACUGGUGGUACCGAGCAGAGCACGAAGCUGCUGCCGCAAACUGAAAAAGCAACGGCCGACCUUUCACAAGAGUCCGUCGCGGGCAUAGUUUCAAAUCCAUGUAUUAUUGCCGCAGUCAAGAGCUGAUGUUUUGAAUUUCACUCAGUGCCCAUGUCCCCACAGAUUACAUGACCCACACUUGCUGAAAAUUGGUACCUUCGUCCUCUUCCUUAGCUUCUGAAGGACUCACUUUUAAGAGCAGUCUGUUUGUUACUAGUCUCUAUGAAGUUGUGCCGUUUGAUUACCUUGUUUCUGUAAUCAUGUCUUAAGAAUACUCUUUUCAUGUUAGCCUUUCUUUCUUGAUAUGUAAUAUUUUGCUACUGUAUUAUUAUCACCAUGAGUAAUUUUGAAUAUCUGGAUUUUGGACAGUCACUAUUCCAAGUUUUGCCAGCAUGCAUAUGGAUUUACCAGCUGUUAUAGGAGGCAUUUUUUAUUUAGCUACUAAGGAGCAAAGUAGAGCUCUUUAGAAGAGUUGGCUUGACUUUGUUUGAUGUACUGUUACUUGUAUCUCAGCAAAUGUAUCCAUGGACGAUUGGAAACAGAAAAUAUUUUAUUUUACACA